AUGGUAAAUUUAGAAGUAUACAAAAAAAAAUUAGAAAAGAUUCAUCAGUAUGCUCGCGAAAAUGGUAUUUCCGAAACUGAAGUCGAUAAAUCUUUACAAAAUUGUUUUCAUAUUCUUGAAAAGAAAGAAAAAAAAUGUUCUAUCUUCUUUUGUGUAAAAAACAUGAUUAUAAUUUUAUUCACAAUAGUUAUGUGCUUUAUAUUUUUUGAUCACAAAUUUGUAACAGUUACACUAUUGAGGAAUUUGCAGAAUUCCAUUUAUCCAGGGUUAAAAUUAGUUAGAAAAAUAGCUGUACCAAUAAUUCAACAUUAUCCUUCUUUAUCUGAAUUGUAUGAUGAAUGGUGUAUAUUGGAAAAUCCAUAUUUUUAUGUGAACGAUAUGGAUUGUUGGCCCUGCAAUGUUGUACAUUUUAUUCCUGACUUAACUAAUCAUCAUAUAUGUAGAUCAUUUAAUCCUGGAAUUCCUUAUACAAAAACAGAAAAUAUUUCAGAAGUUCAUAUGGAAAAUGUACAACAAUUAUUGUGGGAACAUUCAGAAAUAUUUGAAAAAGAUGCUAUGAAUGUAUUUUCUAAUAAUUUAACUUAUAGAAAUAUUCGAGAUAUUAUGGAAAAUAAAACAGGUUUAAAUCCUUCAAAUAAUUUAAAUAACCAUAUUACAUGGAGAAUUAAUCGUAUGGCAGCAGGAAGGUGUUUAAGAAAAUUAUUUCCAAAACCUAUAGACAUACCAAAUUGGUGGGAACAAAGUAUAGAAAAAUUUAUUUUUUUUGAUGAACCAAAAUCUCCACCUUACCGUUUACCAAAUCCAGAAUGCAGUAAUGUAGUGAUAAGGUGUACAAGUGGUUCGAGAUUAAUAAAAAUGAUAUCAAGUCCAGAAUGUAUUGCAUCUUGUAAAUCUUUCACAAUAUUAUUGUCUGUUGGAAAAACAUUGUGGUACAAUUGGUGGUAUUGGCGACCCAUCAGCCUUCCAGCUUUAAAUUCAACUAGUAUUACUAUUAGCUAUAUGACUUCUUUUUGCUAAAUUAUGUCUUUAAAUAAUUAAGUUACUUGUACAUAAGUAUGUAGAAUUUCAUUCCACUAAUAUAGUUAUAUUACUUGUUAUUUCAUUCCUUUUAAUUUAAAUCAUUUUUUUACUGUUUGAUUCUGUUCAA